CGCGUUGGCGGCGGUGGCGGCGCGGGCACAGGGCUAAGAUGGAUAGCACAGAGGAACCUCAGAAAAAAGUCUUUAAAGCACGAAAAACAAUGAGAGUAAGUGAUCGGCAACAACUUGAAGCUGUCUAUAAGGUUAAAGAGGAGCUGUUGAAGACAACUGAAGUGAAACUGUUAAAUGGAAAACAUGAGAAUGGAGAUUCUGAUAUAAAUUCACUUUUAAGCAAUACAGACUGUACGGAGGACAAGAAAGAAAUUAAUGGCAUGGUUGACUUGUGUGUUAACUCUGAAGAAGGAAGAACAGCUUGUGAUGAAAUUAGUGAGACCAAAAGCCCUGAAAGUAGGGCAGGAAACGUAGUCAAUGAUGUAGAAUCCAAACCUCUAAUGACAUCUUCAGAAAACAUUACUCCUGAGCAAGCUGAAGGUACUGACGUUGCAGUAAAAUGUGAGGCUGAAAAUGGAGUUGGUAGCAGUAAAGAUAACUUCAAUGAAGCAAAUAAUAAAAAUGAUAAUUUGGACCAAAGAGAGAAUGAUAUCCCAGCAGAAGGUGAAAGUAAAUCAGUCUCUGAUAUUAGUGACUCUUCUGAAGAGAAGGUAGAAACAAAUGAUUUACCUGUGAAUUCCAGCUUGUCUGGUGAGGGAAAGAGGACUGAAGAAGUCACUGUUGAAGAGGUUGUUGGAGAAGCAGCCAUCUCUAGCAGUAUGGAAGCUGACCAGGAAAAACAAGAAGGCAGUGCAGGACUUUCAGAAACCACUGUUUCAAAGACAACAGAUGAGCCAAGUGAAACUAUCUUAGACAAUACUGAGUGUAUGGAAACAGAUGACAUUAUUCCAAUUUUGGAAAAACUAGCACCUGCUGAAGAUGAUCUGAGCUGUUUUUCUAAAAGUUCUCUACUUCCAGUGGAUGACACAGUCCCAGACUUAGAAGAGAAAAUAGACAACUGUUUAGGUUCACCAUCCAAGCAGGAAAGCACUGAAAGUCUGCCAAAAGAGGCUUUCUUAGUACUGUCUGAUGAAGAGGAUCCCUGUGAUGAGAAGGAGGAACAUGCUGAAGUGAUACUACCAAACAAGUCAAGUCUUCCAGAAGAGGUGGAGAGGGACAGAAAAAAGGAGUGUGAAGAUAAAGGAGAAGAGGUCCACAAGGAAGAAGAGAAACAAAUAGAGAAAAGUGAAGCAACAAAGAGAAAGCGUUCCAAAUCUGAGGACAUGGACAAUGUUCAUUCUAAACAUCGUCGGUACAUGGGAGAAGAUUAUGAAGCAGAACUCCAAGUAAAAAUUACAGCCAGAAAGGAUGUUGACCUAAAAUUGCAAAAGAUUAUCCAGAGACUGUUAGAAGAAAAACUUAACGCUUUACAAUGUGCGGUAUUCGACAAGACUCUGGCAGACUUGAAAACCCGAAUGGAGAAAGUAGAAUGCAACAAGAGGCAUAAAACUGUGCUUACUGAAAUGCAGACUAAAAUUGCAAGAUUGACAAAGCGGGUUGGAGCAGCCAAGGAGGACUUGAAGAAGAGACAGGAAAAUGUGGCAAAUGCACCUGUAUCUCCAGGGAAAGCAGCACCUGACACUGCAAGUGUCAACAAUGCCACUUAUCGAAAUGCUGGCACAGUGAGGCAAAUGCUGGAGUCAAAGAGGAAUGUAGGAGAGAGCACACCAGCAACUUUUCAAGCUCCUGUGACUCCAGUGCCUGCUUCCAGUCUUGCUGCUUCUCCAGCAGUUGUCAGUGGACAUCCUAAGCUUCAGACUCCAGUGUCCUCCACCAGCUCUUUGACAACAGCAGUGCUUCCCCCAGCUAACACAGCUACAGUCGUAGGCACUAACCAAGUGCCCACUGGCAGCACUCAGUCCGUGUCUGUCUCGUUGCAGUCUUUGCCUGUAAUCCUGCAUGUACCUGUGGCAGUGUCGUCCCAGACUCAGCUUCUGCAAGGCCACACGGGGACUUUGGUCUCUAACCAGCAGUCAGGCAACGUUGAAUUUAUAUCUGUACAAAACUCGUCUACGGUUGGUAGUCUUACCAAAACUACAGUGUCUUUGGCAUCAACUAACACAACUAAACCAAAUAACAUCCCACAUGUGCCCAGUCCUGGUAUUCAAAGGAACUCUGCAGCCAGUGCUGGGUCGAUAGGCACAACGUUGGCAGUACAGGCUGUUCCUACUACACAUCCUGUUGCCCAGACCACAAGGACUUCUUUGCCCACAGUGGGUACUCCAGGACUUUAUAAUGCGACCACCAGUCGACCGCCCCUACAGAUGAAGAUUCCUCUCUCUACAUUUAAUAGUACAGCUCCUACUGAAGCACCCACUAUUGCAGCACCCAAGAUUGAAAACCAGACAAGCAGGCCACCAACAGAUACUUCGGCAAACAAGCGACCUGCUGAGGGAACAACACAGAGCGGGAAGUUCACAGGAAGUGAAUCAGGAGGUGUCAUUGAUCUUACACUGGAUGAAGACGACAGCUGUUCUCAAGAUGGCAAGAAGCAGAAGCAGAAUCAGAGUCAGGCACCAGUGACAGGACUGAGCAUACCCACCCAGCCCUUGACUCGACCCCUGCAGCCCUUACCACCUUUGCAGCCAAGCUCUAUGCAGCAGCCAGGUGUGCCAACAAGUGGCCCUUCCCAGACCACCCUCCAUGUAUUACCCACAGCUUCAACAACAGUGAAUGUAACUCAUCGGCCUGUGGCUCCAGCUGUUCCCAAGCUUCCUAUCCCAAGAACCCCUUCUAGCCAUCAGGUGGUCUAUACCACUAUUCCUGCACCACCAGCUCAGAAUCCUGUCAGAGGAGCUGUCAUGACCAGCCCAGGCUUAAGGCCAGUCACCCCACAGAAUGGAGGUGUGACCGUGCGGAUGCCUCAGACGACCUACGUGGUGAACAACGGGCUGGCCCUGGGCUCUGGAGCUCCUCAGCUCACGGUGCACCAUCGACCGCCACAAGCGCACACUGAUCCACCGCGCCCAGUACAUCCGGCCCCACUUCCAGAGGCACCACAGCCACCACGGCUGCCCCCCGAAGCUGCCAACACUUCUCCACCUCAAAAGCCACAGCUGAAGCUGGCCCGGGUACAGAGCCAGAACGGGAUUGUGCUGUCAUGGAGCGUGAUGGAGGUGGACAGGAGCUGUGCCACUGUGGACAGUUACCACCUGUAUGCCUACCACGAGGACCCCAGUGCCACCAUGCCCUCGCAGUGGAAGAAGAUCGGGGAGGUGAAGGCGCUGCCGCUGCCCAUGGCGUGCACUCUGACACAGUUUGUGUCUGGCAGCAAAUACUACUUUGCAGUCCGGGCUAAGGAUGUCUAUGGACGCUUUGGACCCUUCUGUGACCCCCAGUCCACAGAUGUGAUUUCCUCCCAGAGCAGUUAAACUAGAGAUCUUUGGACCCUUUAAACCUGUCCUCCUAUCAAGAAUUACCCCAGUUUUGGGAGGAGUUGAUCCCAUGCAUGUAAUUCACCUUUAAAUCCACUCUGCAGGAUUAUUUUAGACAGUUGUGUGAUACACUACAUGCACUCAGAACCAAAAGAAAAAUAAAGUCUGACCUGCAGCAAGAGCGCCUGUUUCUUCUAAAUAGUUCAUGUCAUAGGCCAUUUGAAAAUUUUGUUUUUCCUUCCAUAACAGGUGUUCUACCUAGAUCCCUACUAUCCUUUAUCCAAUAGCAUCCCGAAUGCCUGGGACUCUGCUUCAGAGUGGAAACAAAAUGGUAAAUUGCAGUUUGUCUCGAGCAAAACAUAUGCAUCUGUAAUGUCUAUUGAGACACCAACGCAAGGGCAAGAAUGAUCUGCCUCUUGCCCCCAGCAUCCUGUGAGUGGGCUGUGACAUGAAGGGUGAUUCAAGGUCUUGCUUUUUGUACUGGAGGCUUGAGUGGUCUGGUCUUAAUAAGCUCUCUGAGGGAAAGGAAGGGAACUUGAGUCUGGCCAAGAGCUCAUGUAAAUUUGGAGGUGGUGGAAAAAAAAAAAAUCACCCUGCAACCUCCUACCUCUUUUAAGAAUGCUCCUCUAUUGUCACCAUCCUCCCCUAUUCACCCUGGGAAUAUUCCCCAAUCAGAUCUGAAACUGGAUUGUAAAGACUACAUUCACACCUGUCUAGUUCAGACAAUUUCUCUGCCCCUCCCCUCAUACAUCCCGCCCUAUUUUUUAGAUUUAUUUUGUGCCUUAAAGAAUAAUUUCAGAAAUAAAAUGUAG